GCUAGGCGAGCAUUAUAACGUGUGUUACAAAGUGACGCAUGUUUGUCUCUGAAGUAAAGGCUGGACUACAAUAGAGCUGUUUGUGAACACUGUUUUCUGCUGGAGAAGGUAUACUGUCUGAGAUGAAGCUGAACGUGUUGUUGGGGGUCGGGGCUCUGCUUGCCGUCUUCCUCCCUCGCUCUGCUGACUGUCGCCCCGCCGAUGCAGAUGCCGCUGUUGCCACGCCAACAGGCCUACACCUCCCCCGGCCGCUGCUGCUCCCGCGGCCGCUGCUGCUCCACCUCGGGGAGGAGUUCUCCCUCCGGCUGGGGGGAGGCUCUGCUGCCUCCUCUCCCUCUCCCUCUUCCUCUUCCUCUUCCUCUUCCUCAGCGGUGAACGUGGCGCUGCUGCGGCUGACGCAGCGCCUCCUGCAGGCGCGCGCCGAGCAGCAGGAAGAGGAGAAGGAGAAGCGGUCCGAGGAGUCUCCCAUCUCUCUGGACCUGACCUUCCACCUGCUGAGAGAAGUUCUGCAGAUGGCGCUCGCUGAGCAGCAGGCGCUGCAGGCCGACAGCAACCGCAGGAUGAUGGACACGGCCGGGAAAUGAUCCAGGACGCUCUGCACCUCCUGUCCCUCGCCGUAACCAGAGCCCAUCUACGGAGAGCCAUUUCACUUCCCAUUAAGCCCCAUUGUACCGAAUUUGGUUGCAGUUCCCCCAUAGUUCCACUGGGGGUGAUUGCAGGCGAGUGCUAAAUGAAUGGGAGUCUAUGGAGCUAGUCGGCUAAAUUUGUCUCUUUCGCCUGAUUGUCGUUGAGAAAUCUCAGAUUUGAUUGUAGUUUUUGCAAGUUCAACAUGGAUUAUAGGUCGAAAGUUGAAUGAACCAGUACUUAUGUCCUUUGAAUUGCUUACAGGUUGAGUUGUUGUUGCCCAUAACACGCUAGCAUUCUGCUAAUGAAUGCUGAUUGGUCAGUGAAGGACUGAUUACGACCAGAGGUCCUGCUUGAUGGCAUCCACAUUCUCUGAAGUGACUCAGAGCCGUAAAGCAGUAUAUCUGGCCGUACAUAUGUGUAUGACGUCAUUGACAUUUUAAAAAGGCUUUUUAGAACAAACAAAAAAAACACUUCUUCUACAAAUCUAACACCCAGCAGUGUGUAUUUUCUCAGCCUCCCCUUUCGAAUGCAACAUUAAAAUUACUAGACAAAAAAUUAUAUCCUGAGAAAAGUGGACUUUGAGGGCUAUAACGCUAUAGAGUCCCAUUCAUUCUGCACUGGCCCGUGAGCUCCAUAGACCUUCAUUCAUUCUGCACUGGCCCGUGAGCUCCAUAGACCUUCAUUCAUUCUGCACUGGCCCGUGAGCUCCAUAGAGUCCCAUUCAUUCUGCACUGGCCCAUGAGCUCCAUAGACCACCAUUCAUUCUGCACUGGCCCGUGAUCUCCAUAGACCACCAUUCAUUUUGCGCUGGCCCGUCAGCUCCAUAGACCUCCAUUCAUUCUGCACUGGCCCUUGAGCGCCCCCUCUAGUGGAAAGAGAGUGGAACUGCAACCAGUUCAGAAGCCGGAAGUGUCCCGAGAGAGUGGAUCCAUUAUUAGAUAUUCUCUGCCGUAACCUCGGGACUUUCUACUUCCUGUCCAGUGUUUUUAUCAUUUUAUGGUUUUCAUUAAAGCUGCAACUGCUGAUUAUUAAACUGAUGUUGCCCUAA